AAGAUCAAUGUCAUCUGCCCCGCUACGGAGGUACACAUUCGCAAGUACACGAAACAAGAACAAGUCAUGGUUCGCGAGACGCCUGAACUAUACGAAACGGUAGUCAAACCGUACAUCGCUGCCUUUCCCGCCUCUCGGACGAAGUGGGUGGAAAAUAUCCUUCUCGGGCUCUCCGAACAGUCCAAAGUCCUAUACUCAUGUACGGAUUUCAUGGUUCUGCCGGAUAUGAAAUGGGAUUUGAAAACCGUGUCCUCUCUCUACCUCGUCGCGUUGGUGCAAGAUCGCACCAUCCGGAGUCUGCGUGAUCUUAGGAAAGGGCAUGUUGGGUUGUUGAGUUCGAUUAGGAGCGAAGCGGAACGUGUGGUGAAGGAGAAGUGGGGGUUGGGGAGGGGGGCGUUGAGGAUGUAUGUGCAUUAUCAGCCGAGUUAUUACCAUUUUCAUGUGCAUAUCGUGAAUGGGAACUAUCAAGGCGCGAUGGUGGGAAUGAGUGUGGGGCAGGCUCAUCUCCUUGAUGAUAUUAUUUCGUUGCUUGAGCUUGAAGGACCGUCUGUGUUUGAGAGGAUGACGUUGACGUAUGGGUUGGGAGACCAGCAUGGUUUGGUCGAUGCGAUGCGGAGAGCUGGUGCGUUGUAG